CAAAGCGAAAGCCUAUUGCCGUUUUCAGCCGACUUUUUCUCUGCAAACCUAAACCCACAGAAACAGAGGGGCUUGAUCCAUCAGUAAAACUCUCCGAUCAGCCUUCAUGGGAACGCCGGAGACUUCUCGGGAGCCUUGUCCAGAUCGGAUCCUCGACGACAUCGGCGGCGCCUUCGGCAUGGGCGCCGUCGGUGGCUCCGCUUUCCACUUUCUCAAAGGCGUCUACAGUUCCCCUAAAGGCGCUCGCCUCCUCGGCGGUUCUCAAGCCAUCCGUAUGAACGCGCCCCGUAUCGGCGGUAGCUUUGCGGUCUGGGGCGGAUUGUUCUCCACUUUCGAUUGCUCAAUGGUCUACGUCCGCCAGAAGGAAGAUCCAUGGAACUCGAUCAUAGCUGGUGCCGCUACCGGUGGAUUCCUCCAGAUGCGCCAGGGUUUUCGCGCCUCCGCACGCUCGGCCGUGUUCGGCGGUGUUCUGUUGGCUCUGAUCGAGGGAGCCGGGAUCAUGCUGAAUAAGCUGCUUAGUCAGCCGCAGAACGCCCCUAUUAUGAUCGACGACGCCGGUGCCAUGGGCGGCGUCCCUGGUUACCCCAUGGACCAGAUACCGGGUCUAACGCCGCCGCAGACUCUUCCUCAUGCGGCUUCGAGUCCGGGGUCUUCAGGAUCGGGAUCAUGGUUCGGAGGAUGGUUCGGUGGCGGGCAGAAAAAGGAUUCGGAGGCAGCUCGUGGGGACGGCGAAACGAAGAUUUUGGAGAGCUUUGAUUCGCCGCCGGUGCCGAAUUUCGAGUACAAGUAAAUAUAUAUUAUUCUUUCCUGAAUUUUUGUCUUAGGGGAAUUCGUAUUGGAAUUGGAAUUCUAUAUUCACGUGAUUAGAAAUUGCAAUGGCAAGUCUUCUUUCAUUAUUUGCUAAUUUGAAACAGUGAUGUGUAGCAAUAACAUUGUACAACUAUAUUCUAUCAAUUUGAAGAUCAUCUACCAAGUUAAUUGGGAAUA